AGAUUUGUUAUGCCUAUACACCUUCCACCAUGUCCACAAACUAACCCCUUAUAUAAAUCUCCUACCAACACAAUCAUCAACAACAACAAGAACAACAAGAACAACAAGAACAAGAGAGAGAAAAACAAGACACAACAUGGUGCAAGAGGAAAGUGUCAGAAAAGGGCCAUGGACAGAGCAAGAGGACUUCCAAUUGGUCUGCUUUGUUGGUUUGUUCGGUGAUCGCCGGUGGGAUUUCAUCGCCAAAGUAUCAGGCUUGAAAAGAAACGGUAAAAGCUGCCGUCUCCGGUGGGUUAACUACCUCCACCCCGGUCUCAAGCGUGGCAAGAUGUCUCCCCAAGAAGAGCGCCUUGUCCUCGACCUCCACUCCAAGUGGGGCAACAGAUGGUCUAAGAUUGCUCGGAAGCUUCCGGGACGAACGGAUAAUGAAAUAAAGAAUUUUUGGCGAACCCAUGUGAGAAAAUUGGCGCAAGAGAAAAAGAAAGCUGCGGUUCAUCAUGUUGUGGUGUCGCCGUCGUCCUCGUCGACGGUUGACUCGGUCCCGACGAUUGAUAUCGGAGAAGAGAGCUUCUACGACACGGGUGGGGAUUGGUCAUGUUAUAUGGGUGAAGAGGAUGAAAAGGGUUACUCUUAUUCGAUGGAUGAUAUUUGGAGAGAUAUUGAUGAUGAGAGUGUUGUAAAGGCGGUUUGUGAUGAGAAGUUGAGCUGUGGUCCAGUGGCAUCACCGGCGCCGUGGGAGUACGGGGAGUACUCGCCGCCGUGGAAGGUGGCGGAGGAAAAGUUUGGGAUUUGAUUCAUUUAAAUUUGUUAAUAGAAGGUGUGUUUUUGUUUUAGAGGGUAAGGGGGAAAGCUCUGACCUGUAUAGCAUUUGGAGUUUUCUUUACACUUUCUUGCACCAUCUCAUGCAUCUUCAUGCCCACUUUCUAAGCUACUUUUCUAAGCUUUUGUGUGAUAUCUUU